AUGAAGCAGGCGUCUGUUGAUAAGGGCAAAAGUGAAGCUUCAUCUACUGAUGGUGUAGAUCAAGCAUUGGAACCUCUUGACUCCAUUGUAUCCCAGAUAAAUGAUAUCACUAUUUCCGUUGCUACCCCUCCCUUAAAUUCAGCAGAUCAUGUUCCUGAUAUCGAUAAAAAAAUCCGUGCCCUAAAAAAGAAGAUUCGGCUGACAGAGGGUCAACAGCAAAAAACAGGGAAUGAUUUGAAACCAGAACAACAGGAAAAAGUUGCAAAGUUAGAGGAUUGGCGAAAAGAGUUGAAACUUUUGGAAGACAAAAAGGGUUCCUUGGAAGCCUUAUAAAAUCAGUAGGCUUUUUUUUUCAUGUUUUUUCUUUAGGAUUAAAAAACCAAAACCAGUAGUUUUUAAUUUGUGAUUUACUUUCUUAAGAUGUUAUUAGGUUUUUAUUAAUCUGUCCAGAUUUUGAGGCUGAAAUUUGCCAUUAUUCAAAACAAAAUCUGGCAACUCUGUGGUCAUGACUCAUGAAUUGUUACCAAAUUGAACAAAUUAUUUUUAGUUUCUUUUGGCUUCAACACAAAGAGGC